AUGACAGUAGCAUUGAUUCGAGGCUUCUUGCUGCUGCUGUGGACGAGCUUGGCGGUUGCCGACUGGGCCCCAAGGGUCAAAGUGUCAAAAGGGUCGAGUCAUGCUGUGUUCAAGCCGUUUGACGACUCUGAGGUCAUUCUGAGCCAGAGUAAAGAUCUAGUGACGAUUUCCAAGGACGGUGGAGAAACCUGGAAAGAGACCUCCGUCGGCCGCAAAAAGUCUUAUUUCCAGAUCGAUGACAACUAUCCUAACAAACGGGCGUUUAUCAUAAGCUGGGAAACGCUGGAAUUCUACAUGACUACCGACCAAGGGGAGACCUGGUCUCAACUGAAUUUACCUCUCCCCUCUUCCAGCAAAGAUAACCCUCAGUUCAGCGUGCAGACCAACCCCUCAGCAGAAAACGACUUACUGGUGACUGUCGCCCUAUGUGAUAACGAAGUUGAGAAGUGCAAGGUUCACGGGUUUGUCACGAGCAAUUUGAAAGACUUCAAGCCCAUCCAACUGCCCGAAACCGACUGUAUCUGGCUAAAAUGUCAAUAUUUGGAACUUACGGACAGUGACGCGCCUUCCCAUGACAUCUUCUGCGAUGCAACCUAUAUAAAUCGCGAGGUUCCCGAUCACAACGCUCCCAACUCUCCAGAUGACCAAUCGUGGGCUUAUACAAAACUAUUCGCGUCCAGGAACGGGGAUGUUAAAUUUGAGCCUCUUGCCCAGUUCGAGAACCUUAAUAUUCACCGAGUAACCAUUACGUCUCAGUACGUCAUUGUGUCAACAUUAGAUGACAGCUACAAUUCAGAUUCGUCGCAAACAAUCUGGGUUUCUCAGGAUGGCAAAAAAUUCCAAAAGGCGUCGCUGCCUACCGAUAUCCGCGGAUUUUAUCACGUUUCAGAGCUUUCUCGUCGCUCCAAGGCGCUGGCCUUGCUUCCUGAGUUCAGAGGACCUGCGCAAACAGGAACAGGACUCGCUCUUUCGGACUCCGAAGGUCUCAGAUUUUCUCACGUCUCAGCAUUUUCGUCCGACAGUCCAGGAUUUUACACGUUUUCAGAUGUCGGCGACUUGGAAGGUGUUAUUGUAGCUUCCUUUAUGAGCAUUUUCUCCGACAAGAAACAAAAGUCGUCCGUCCAAUCCAAGAUCUCAUUCGAUGGCGGGUUGUCUUGGUCGGCUUUACGAGUAGACGAUGUAAAUGACGAAUUUGAUUGCGAUGUAAACGACCCUAACAGUUGCUCACUGACAGUUUUUCUCACUCCAUAUAUGCUGCUAGGAAAUCCCAAAGCUGCAUUACCAGGGAUGCACUCCUUGAUCGGCGUGGUUGGAGACGUUGAUGAGAGGCGGCCAUUUAGUAUGCAAACCUUCAUUACCACGAACGGGGGCGAAACAUGGAGGAAGGCUUUUGAUUUUCCUGCUGCAAUCCAGUAUGGCGAUAACGGAAAUAUCAUGGUCGCUCUGCCAUUCUCACCAGACGCCGAUGGAGAUCCUGCAACAGAGCUCUAUUACUCACUAGAUCAAGGUGACACCUGGAUCGAGUACGAAUUGAAGCAGUCUGUGUUCAUAGAGGCAUUUUUCGCAAAUACCCUUGAUGGGUCCGGUACAAAGUUUACGAUCCUGGGCACAGAUUUCGGCAGAAAGAUGAGGUCUUGGCUAUACAGUAUCGAUUUCUCAGAUGCUUUUGACAGCAGAAAGUGCGGAGAAGAUGAUAUGGAGGAGUGGUUCUCUAAUUCUGGAAAUUGUAUUGGUGGAAUAAGACGUAAGUUUACGCGGAGAAUCUCUGAUGCAGAAUGUCUUGUUCGAGAAACUUACAAAGAUCUCGAAUACGAAGAGGAAAUCUGUCAAUGUACCGAUGCUGAUUAUGAAUGCUCUCCGGAGUUUUAUCGCUCAAAAAAUGGAGAAUGCGAACUGGACUUUAACUUCCUUGAACAGUCGCAUAGCUGCAGGGCUAUUGGCAAAGGAGAAAACUUAGAACUUGCUCCAAUCAGGUUACAAAGAGGUAACAGAUGUGAGGAUCCACUUGACAUAGAUCUGCAGGAGGUCGAUUGUAAUGGUUUACGGAAGGACGACAAGAUGUCGCCCAUUAGCGUGUUCGAAAAUGUUUUCCAAUCUGAGCUCAAAUCAUAUCAAUACUUUAACACCAAAGCUGAUGAGACUGUUAUACUCCGAAACAGUAAAAACGAAGUUUUUGUAUCAUAUGAUAGCGGUAAAGAGCUGAAGCGCUUGAUGGAUAAAGUUACGGAAGUUGUGUUUAACCCUUACUUCAACACUAGUGCUUACAUUUUCGAUGCUGACAACCAGGUGCAUAUCACAGAUGAUCGGGCAAGAAGCUUCGAGACGUAUGAACUACCGGAGGCCAAACAAAUAGGAUUCCCUUUAUCAUUUCACGCAAAAGAUUCCGAUACCUUCAUCUAUUAUGGAGGUAAAAAUUGUGAUAGCCUCGUAAACCCCGACUGUCAUGCCGUGGCAUACAUUACCAGAGAUGGCGGAAAUACGUUCACGGAACUGAUAAGCAGAGCUACGAAUUGCGAAUUUGUUGGCUCGCUGUAUGAAGACCCUUGGGACUCGGAUAUGAUAUUGUGCUCAGUUCGAGAACCAGGGUCCAUUGGCCAUAAGAUUGUUACCAGUGCUAAUAAUUUCGAAGACUCGGAAAUAGUUUUCGAGAACGCCUUAGGAUUCGUUUCUGCUGGCGAGUAUACCGUUGUUGCCGUCCCCCACGAAGACCAAGAGCUGAGGGCGUUCGUUACAGUUGAUGGCAAGAAUUUUGCAGAAGCAAAACUACCGGCUGGCUUAAGCGCUACCAAACAACAGGCCUUUACUAUUCUAGGGUCGCAAAAAGGAGCUAUUUUUUUCCACUUAACCACGCAUAUGGAUGAACAUCAGGAAUUUGGAGCCCUGAUGAAAUCUAACUCUAACGGAACGUCUUUCGUCACCUUGGAGCGGGCGGUCAGUCGUGGCCCCAGAGGAUUUGUCGAUUUCGAAAAAGUAGAAGGGCUGGAAGGAAUAAUAAUGAUAAACACCGUCUCCAAUGCAGAGGAGCUCAAAUCGGGCGCUGACGAUUCCAAACUAAUGAAAUCAAAGAUUUCGUUUAACGACGGGGCAGAUUGGACUUAUUUACAGCCACCAAACAGAGAUUCAGAAGGUAAAAAAUAUGACUGCAACCCCAAAGAUAAGGCGUCGUGCUCAUUGAACCUCCAUGGCUACACUGAGAGACGCGACCCACGGGAUACUUAUUCUUCAGGCUCAGCGGUCGGAUUUAUUAUCGGUGUCGGAAACGUUGGUGAGUAUUUAUUGGCUAGGGAAAUGGGCUCGACGUUCAUGAGUGUCGAUGCCGGUUUCACUUGGAGAGAGAUCCAGAAGGGUGCAUACCAGUGGGAGUUUGGAGACCGCGGAAGCAUAGUUGUUCUUGUCAAGGACGGCGAGAAAACAGAUUCCUUGACCUACUCUGUUGAUUCGGGUAAAACCUGGCAUGAUUAUAAAUUUUCCUCUGAGGAAGUAUAUGUGGAAGAUUUGAUCACCACGCCCGAAGACUCUGCUAUGCGGUUCAUCAUCAUCGCCAAGGAUUCCAAGGUGACUGGCAAGCAGACAAAAAUCUUUACUAUAGACUUCGCAAAUUCAUUCGACCGCCAAUGCAGACUGCAAUCGGACUACACCUAUCACAGUUUUGGUGAGUGUCUCUUCGGACAUCAGGCCGAAUAUUUACAGAAAAUUAACGACAAAUGUUACAAUGGCGCCGCGCCAGUGUACGAAAUGAAGAGAAUUGCGAAAACUUGUUCGUGCACAAGAAUGGAUUUCGAAUGUGAUUAUAAUUACUUUAAGGCGGCGGAUGGUACUUGUAAGCUAGUCGAAGGAACAGAGCCUUUGGACGGGAGUGAGAUUUGCGAGAAAUAUUCCGAUCUCGUUGAGUUCUUUGAACCUACUGGUUACAGAAAAAUUCCUUUGUCAACAUGUAAGGGCGGGUUGGAGUUGGACAGGUCUACUCGUCGACAUGCCUGCCCCGGCUUUGAAGAGGAGUUCAAACGCCGUUACCAAAUAAGUGGUGGUCGCUUAGCUGCGGUCAUUAUCAUCCCUAUCUUAGUGUUCAUUGGAGCUGCCUGGUUUGUAUAUGACCGUGGUGUGAAACGAAAUGGUGGAUUUUCUCGUUUUGGUGAAAUAAGAUUGGGAGACGAAGAGCUGAUCGAGCAGAAUGGGCUAGACAAAGUCGUGAACGCAAUCGUGAAAGUUGGAGUGUUGGGCUUUUCGGGCCUAGUGACGGCCAAGCAGCUAACAACACGGGGGAUUCAGAACACAUGGCAGCGGGCACGCUCGCGACUAUCUGGGAACAUGAGUGGUCCGACGUACCUGUCCUUGAAUCACGAUCAGUUUUUGGACGAGGCCGAUGAGCUAUUGGCUGGGCAUGACGAAGACGCAAACGACUUAACGAGCUUUCUCCACGAUGAUGAUAAUUACGACAUUGCUACAGAAGAUGAACAGGGUAGCGAGGAGGCCAGACCCUACACCGACGAAGUCAAUACUGAUGAAAUCAAUGAUACAGAUGUCACUGAAAACGCUAGUGACGCUCCAGAAAGAUCUCAAUGA